GCGCAGUCUCGAGCAUCAGAGAAGUGCGUGUGCAAGCAGAAGUCAUUCCACAGACCACGGGAGCAGGAUGUUUCGCUGAGGAAAAGAAAGAAUAUUUGCAGUGCUGUCGAUAAACUCGUAAAAGCUUUUUGUCCACCUUAAUUUUAAGGUACAGGCAUCUCUGAACCAGACCAAAAUGAAGAGCUUUACGUUUUUCAGCUGUAGGCAUUUUGUCCUCAAAGUUUUCCUUGUGCAUUUUCUUGGGUCCCUGCAAGCCUUUGCUGCGCCCUCACCCAUCAUUAAGUUUCCAGGCGAUGAUACUACUCACACAGACAAAGAAGUGGCCCUGCACUACUUAAAUAAGUUCUAUGGCUGCCCAAAAGACAGGUGUAAUCUAAUGGUUUUGAAGGACACACUGAAGAAGAUGCAGAAGUUUUUUGCCUUGCCGGAGACAGGGGAGAUCGACCAGAAGACAGUAGAGAUCAUGAAGAAGCCACGAUGUGGAGUUCCUGAUGUGGCUAAUUAUAAUUUUUUUCACAGGAAACCCUUGUGGGGACAGAAAAACAUUUCAUACAGGAUCUUGGGCCACACCCCGGAUCUUGAUGAAGAGACAAUUGAUGAUGCUUUCUAUCGUGCAUUUAAAGUCUGGAGUGAUGUCACACCUCUGAACUUCACCAGAAUCAUGGAUGGAGAAGCAGACAUCAUGAUUAACUUUGGCCGAAAUGAACAUGGUGAUGGUUAUCCAUUUGAUGGGAAGGAUGGUCUUCUGGCUCAUGCAUUUGCCCCUGGACCUGGUAUUGGAGGAGACUCUCACUUUGAUGAUGAUGAGCUUUGGACGUUAGGCGAGGGACAAGUGGUAAAGGUCAAGUAUGGUAAUGCCGAAGGGGAGUUCUGUAAGUUUCCAUUCUUGUUCAUGGAUAAAGAGUACACAAGCUGCACCUCUCAGGGUCGUGAUGACGGUUUCCUUUGGUGCUCUACCACAUACAACUUCGAUGAAGAUGGAAAGUAUGGCUUCUGUCCUCACGAGCUCCUUUUUACAUUGGGUGGAAAUGCUGAUGGAGCCCCUUGCAAAUUUCCCUUCACAUUCCAAGGAGAGAAAUAUGAUAGUUGCACAACCUCAGGCAGAGAUGAUGGAUACCGUUGGUGUGCCACAACAGACGAUUAUGACCGGGAUAAGUCUUAUGGAUUCUGUCCAGAGACGGCCAUGUCGACGGUUGGAGGAAAUUCAGAAGGUGCUCCAUGUGUCUUCCCCUUUAAAUUUCUGGGCAAUACCUAUGACUCUUGCACUAUCUCAGGCCGCAGUGAUGGGAAGAUGUGGUGCGCCGUCACCAAAAGCUUUGAUGAUGACCGCAAAUGGGGCUUCUGUCCUGACCAAGGCUAUAGUCUAUUCCUGGUGGCGGCCCAUGAGUUUGGUCAUGCCCUGGGAUUGGAACACUCAGAUGACCCUGGAGCUCUCAUGGCUCCCAUGUACACCUUCACUAAAACUUUAACGUUGUCUGAUGAUGAUAUUAAAGGCAUCCAGGAGCUUUACGGUGUAUCAACAGACAAACCUUUGCCUACUCACACUCCACCAGUCACUCCAAUGGAUGUAUGUAAUGAAAACAUCAUAUUUGAUGCUGUAGCCCAAAUCAGAGGAGAGAUUUUCUUCUUUAAGGACAGAUUCCUUUUUAGGACUGAUGUCAGGAAGAAGCUGACAGGCCCCAUGCUUGUGGCUACAUUCUGGAGUGAACUUCCAGAGAAGAUUGAUGCAGCUUAUGAGAAUCCUCUGGAGGAGAAGACGGUCUUCUUUGCAGGUGAUGAGAUGUGGGUAUAUUCAUCCAGUACUCUGGAAAGAGACUAUCCCAUGAAGAUCUCCACCAUGGGUCUUCCUUCAGAUUUGCAUGCAAUCGAUGCAGCCUACUCCUUUCACAAGAGCAAGAAGACAUACUUAUUUGCUGGGAACAAGUACUGGAGAUACAAUGAAGCCAAGAAAAAGAUGGAUCCAGGCUUUCCAAAACUUAUUGCUGAUUCUUGGAGUGAUGUCCCCGAUGACCUGGAUAGUGCCCUCAGCAUUAAUGGUGAUGGUCAUAGCUACUUCUUCAAAGACUCCCACUACCUAAAAAUGAAUGACAGCAGUCUGAAAAUUGUCAAAGUCGGGGAAGUCAAACGCGACUGGCUACGCUGCUGAGCGUCAGCAGAACAUUCAGCCUGCAGCACUCUGUGAUGAUCUUCAUCACUAGGUAAACAAGGCCAGUGUGCCAAGUGACAGCGCUCACAUUUACAAUACUGCCCUCUCUUGGUUACUCAGAGCCUAUUAGAUUAUAACCCGUCCUUAGCUAACCAGAAAGGCCUGAUGAUUUCCUUGAUUGCCUGGGCGCAUAUUGAAUAAAAACAUAGGUAAACAAGAGUCUCCAUAAUUGUGUUGAUAUUUUUUUUUUUUUUGUCAUAAUGUGUGAUGUUUCAUGUUUAUUUUUCAGUUUGAAAAUGUUUAGUGUAACCUAUGUGUGUAUCAUCAGAUUUUAAAGGACUUCUGACAUUUCUCAUUUGAAUAUAAAUGUGUAAUUGGUGUCAGUGAGAUGUAUCUCCUGUUUUUUUAUAUAUAUAUAUUUGCACAAAUUAAAUCCAUCCAAGCAGUAAGUCAAAAGCACAAAUGUAGUAUUUUGAUAGUACUGAUAUGCAAAGAUUAAGAGCUUCAUGCAUUUUGUAUUAAAUACUUUCAUAUAAAUACGCCUGCAAUAAAUUUCAUUAGACAACACAUUUUUAUACAUGAUAAUUGUGAUGUAUACCAACACAGAGACCAAACAACUGUCAAAGCACAUCUUUCUUGUUAGUCUUGUUUCUUUCCUCUCAUUGUACAGAGAGAUUCAUGGCACGGGUUGCCUGAAGACUGUAUAGAGUUUGUUGCAUGAUGGACUCAUGUCAAGCAAGUAUCAUGAGAAUACUGAUUAAUAAUUGUGUGUAAUAUUUCACUCUUUUUUUUUUUUUUUAAUUGACAUUUUCAAUCUGUUUAUAUUUGUAUUGUUUUUUUUAUUGUUUUAUAUCAUCUAUUCUUUGUGCACUUUACUAUCUGUCUCAAAAUAAAGAUUUAUUAUCCUUU